AUGGAAACGGAAAACGUGAAUCUGAAUUUGAUUUGCAGGACGUGCAAAUGCGUCGGCCCUCAAAUGCGAUCGUUGUUCGAGGGUUUCGAAAAUCCCCAUCAAAGUCCCCGUAUUGACGAGAUGCUAAUGGCCUGUGCUUCAGUUCAGGUAAUGUGCGGAGACGGUUUGCCGACGUUGAUUUGUCAAAUAUGCGUGGAACAAUUAAAGAACGCCUUCGUGUUCAAAAGGCAAGUGGAAAAAGUGGAUAUGGGAUUAAGGGAGUACGCAAAAAAUCUCAAAGUUAACGAAAUCAAACAGGAGUUACAAAAUUCUGAAUUUAUGGUGGACGUUUCAGAAUCGCUAAACACAUUGGACAGCAUCCUCAGCGAACAACAAGAAACCACAAAGAGCAUACCUAGUAACGGAGAGUUGCUUCCAUCGGGACAACCGAAAUUCGAGACCGACUACAUCCAAUUCAUGGACAACAAUCAGAUGCUACUGACCUGCCGCGAAUGCGCCAAAAUGUUUACCACCCUAGAGGGCCUACGUUGUCAUAAACGCGUCCACUCGGGCGGCAUGUACAAGUGCAAGCAAUGCGACAAGGAAUACACGAGACUCAACCACCUGCAGCGGCACGAGCAAUCGCACAACAGACGGAAAGUGCACGUUUGCAGGAUUUGCAGCAAAACGUUGACGAGAAUGGAGCACCUGAAGCGCCACCUGGUGACCCACCUCAGAGAGAAACCGUUUGCUUGCAAGACCUGCAACAGAGGCUUCAAUAGGAUCGAGCAUUUGCACAAUCACGCCCCUCGAUGCAAAGGUGAUACCGUGUAUCCGUGCGACAUUUGCAAUAAGGCUUUCAAUCGAGAGGACAGCCUGGAAGUUCACAAGAAAAUGCACGAUAAUCAAGCGCCCAAAUUGCCUACUAUCGAGAAUCUGGACAAUAUCGAAGAUCAUUACUACCAAAUCGAUCAGGACAAUUCCACCGUCGAUUUCUCGGAUCAUUCCGACGUCGACGAUUGCUUCGAACCCCACGUCGAAGUCACCGAAACCGAAGACGACAAAAUGAAGGUGGCCGCCGAGAUAUCGAACCAAGUGCACGAUCUGGAGGACAAGAGCAUCCACAGCGACGGUGACAACGACGACGCCAUGUCGCUGGGAGGCGGCGACGACAGCGAGGCGGACGAAGCGGAUAAAGACAUCGACGACAACGAGCCGGAGGACAGCUCGGAGGAGCGCGAACACAGCCAAAUGCCCCUCGGCCACGAGAUACCCGACGAGGACAAAUCGGAGGACGUGAAAAUCGAUCCGGGCAAGUUGCAGGACAACGACGACGAGUUCAUCAAGGACGUGCUGGCCGACGUAGACGGCGACGAAUCGUUUGCAGACGACGACGAUUCGGAUAAGGACAGCGCCGAUUCGGAUUACACGCCGAAGAAGCCGGUGGUGAAGGUGAAACGGGGCAGAGGCAGGCCUCGCAAAAAUCCCGACGAGCCUCCCAAGCCGAAGAAGAUGAAGAUGGGCAAGACGCCGGGCAAGAGGGGCCGCAAGCCGGGCUCGAAGAAUAAAGUGAAAGAGCCCGGCGAGAUUUCGCUGAAGUGCGAGAAGGACGAGGAGUACGGAGAGUUUCCCUGUCCGAUAUGUAACGAGAUGUUCCACAGUAUUCUUAAGUUAGAUAAACACGCGAGGUUUAAGCACGAGGGAGAAAAGAUUCACAAAUGCAAUGUGUGCAAUAAAGAAUUUGCCCGUAUUAAUCAUCUGAAAAGGCAUGUAACGUCACAUUCGACUAUCAAACCCUUCCGUUGUACAGUAUGUACAAAGAGCUUUAAUAGACGUGAUCACCUCAACCAACAUCAAAAAUUGCACGAUCGGCAAAACGAUCACGAAUGCGACAUAUGUCAAAAACCGUUUUCCAGGGCCGAUCACCUGGCCAAGCACAAAGCCUCCAAGCAUGGUAUCGGAGAGCGAAUUUCAAUCGGCGAAAAGAAAUACGAAUGCCCGUUGUGCCACAAGUUCUUCACCACGGAAAAGUACCGGGACGUCCACGUGGCCGGCCACAACGGCAAAAUGGAGUACUCGUGCAAGGUGUGCGAGAAGACGUUCCUCUCCAAGUCGCACCUCACCGAGCACAUGAAAUUCCACAACGAGCAUUCCAAGAAGUUCCUGUGCUCCGAAUGCGGACAGAGGUUCAUCAGAAACGACUAUUUGGUCAUACACAUGCGAAGGCACAGGGGCGAGAAGCCGUUCAAAUGCAAAUACUGCGGAAAAGGUUUUCCACGAACAACUGACCUUACCGUACACGAGAGAUACCACACCGGAGAGAAGACUCACUUGUGUACUAUCUGUGGAAGAGGAUUUGGAAGGGCUUACAAUUUGACGGUACAUAUGAGAACCCACACAGGGGAAAAACCAUAUCAAUGCACAUAUUGCGACGCAGCUUUCGCUCAAGGUAACGACUUAAAAGCGCACAUUCGAAGGCAUACUGGAGAACGGUUUCAAUGCGACUUAUGCAGCGAAAGCUUCCUCAUGGGUUAUUUAUUGACGCAGCACAAACGAACAGUACACGGUUUAAACGUCGUGAGCAAUAUUAGAAGGUUGCAGCCGAUCCACAAGCAAGAGAACCCCGAGGAACCGCCGCCGAUAACGAUACCGCUUCCGAAGCCCGUCAUUCCCGACAACGUGAUGUUCAAUGCUUUGCACGCCAAUGCUCUACACGCUAAUGCUCUACACGCGAACGCUCUCCACGCUAAUGCUCUGCACGCGCAGUUGGCGGCCGCGCAACUGCACUUAGCUCGGGAAUAA